GUCUGCUGUCACUUCAAAUGUGCUUUAAAUAUCGAGUGGACUGAAAUUUCCGCUAUAUUUUUUCCAAUAAACUUUUCCAUUUUAUAUUGUGUGGUUCAGAAGCGUUUCAGAUUUUUUGCUAUUUCCCGAAGUCAAAGUUCAAGCAACCAUUGUUUUAAUUCAUUCGAAUCCCCUGGCAUACUAUGAUUUGCGAACAAGAUAAAGACAACACAAGUUCGCCGCAAAAACAACUGAACAUUAUCGAUAACAGAUCCUGUACAAAGCCAACCAAACGGCCAUCCUGAAUGCCUUAGUUUUGAGUUAUUUUGCCGGUUUAUUUUAUGUUUUUAGUUCGAAACUAAGUUAGAACAAUGACAAACAGUCAGAUAUGGUUCAAGGGAGUGAGAAGCUCGAAAUUCAGACACGUCUACGGAGAGCCAGCGAAAAGAGACAAAUGUUACGAAAACAUUCAAAUCACGAAAAACGCUCACGAUUCGCAGUUUUGCGCUGUGAAUCCCAAAUUCCUGGCUGUGGUUACCGAAGUUGCCGGUGGGGGAGCUUUUAUAGUCGUACCAAUAAAUUGCACUGGCAGGCUGGACUUCAAUGCCAGUAAAGUUACUGGACAUUCAGGGCCGAUUUUGGACUUGAAAUGGAACCCUUUCAAUGACAAUGUCAUUGCGUCAUGUUCCGACGACUGCACAAUUAAAUUAUGGCAUAUUCCUGAUGAAGGCUUAGCUAUGCAUCUGAAUGAUUGGUUGGUGGAACUUCAAGGACACAAACGCAGAGUUGCCUAUAUUGAAUGGCAUCCCACAGCUGAAAAUGUUCUUUUCAGUGCUGGUUUCGACCAUCUGGUUAUAGUGUGGGAUAUUGAAAAGGGGGAAGCAAUAAAUGUCAUUGAUUGUCACCACGACGCUAUUCAGUCGAUGUCUUUGAACAGAGAUGGAAGUCUGUUGGCAACGACGUGCAAAGAUAAGAAAUUGAGGGUGAUCGAGCCUAGAAGCGGUAUAGUAAAAUCGGAAGGUAUAUGUCAUGAAGGUUCCAAAGCUAGUAAAGUUGUUUAUUUGGGAUCCACUGGAAAGCUCUUAACGACUGGAUUUUCAAGACAUUCGGACAGAAGAUACGCCAUUUGGGAUGAGAAUGAUCUUUCCGAACCGUUGUUCUCUGACACUAUUGACAGUUCAUCUGGUAUAGUGUUCCCUUUCUUCGAUCCAGACACUAACAUAGUAUUUUUGGCUGGUAAAGGAGAUGGAAACAUAAGAUUUUACGAGAUUUGCGAUGAACCGCCUUAUAUUCACUACCUCAGUCAAGUGAUUUCAGGCAAUCCACAGAGGGGGUUGGGUGUCAUGCCAAAGAGAGGCUUGAAGGCUACCAACUGCGAAAUAUACCGUUUCUACAAACUGCACGCAACGAAAGGCUUGUGCGAACCCAUAGGAAUGAUAGUACCCAGAAAAAGUGACCAGUUUCACGAAGAUCUCUAUCCUGAUACUGCAGCUCCCAAGCCAGCUUUGACCGCCCAAGAAUGGGUCAGGGGAUCCAACGCACCUCCAGUGUUGGUGUCGAUGAGGACAGGAGAAAACAAUACUCUAGACAUCCAUGCUAUCAAACAACGAAAAUUCACUGCUCAAGAAAAAGUACCACCUGCAAUCAAUAACAAUAGAAGAAAAUUCCAGUUCCUAUCCACAGAAACCAUUCCAGACUACAGACCAAAGGAACUUAUCAACGAAAAAUCGCUGAAAACCACUACAAAUCAAACCACAAAAUUCCAGCAAUUACAACAAAGAUGGUCAAGUACAAAUGAACCAACGAAUAAGAGCAUUCCACUAUUGAGAGAGAUCAAUAGUAUUGGUGACAAUAUUUUGACAGAGCACGAUUUAAGAGCAGCCUAUCAGUCACAAUCAGAUGAAAUAAGAAAAUUGAAGAAACAACUCGCAAACAGUGAACACAGAGUGAGAGAACUGGAAGAUCACAUCAGAAGACUUACAGGAAAGUGAGCAAUAUCACAAUUUUCUUUACAAAAAAUUACAUCACAAAAGCUUUUAUAUAGCCCAGUUUAAAAGAAAAUUACACGAAAAAUUUCGAUGAAAAUUGCUGCUUAAUCAUAGGCUUGAAGCGUUUCAAGAAUAUUUUUAUUAGUACCUAAGAAAAUUUGACACUUAGCCAAAAAAAGAAGUACUCUGUAUAUGUACAAAAAGGUAAUAUUUAUUUUUGCGAAAGAGAUAUUUAGAGAGCUUAUAUAGAAAGUGAUAUUUUUCGUAUCUAUUGAGUUAGAUAUAUUUUUUCAUGCACAAAUGAAAUUUUUUUAUAAAAUUUCCAUAUUUACAUAUUUUUAAAUGUUUUUUUUCUGUCAAAAAUGCCCUAUAUUCUUGUAUAAUCGGACGAUCGAAAAAAAAACGGCGUCGGAGUUGCCUGUUACAUCGCUCUCAUAUUAUACAGGGGGGCAAGGUCUGGCUUUGGUUGCCGAUUUUCGUGUGUACAAAAAGAGUCAAUACCAAGUAUACCAUGUCAGCGAUGGUUAUGAAAUGGAGAACGCCGGUUUUUCUCGAUCAUACGUUAUUUUUAUAAACAAAAUAUGAUAUUUGAAUUAAAAAAAAUAGUAAAAAUAUUUCUCAAUGACUUGACUAACGUUCACUUUAAAUAAAAUGUAGUGAAAAUCAAGAUCUAGUACUUGGCAACAUUGUUGGGUGCCCGAGUAGACUAGUGGGACGUAGACGCUAGUGGCAAAUACCGACACAAGACAAGAGAUAAAUUUAUAUGGUAAAUAUCAUUGAUUCUCACUUCCAAGCCAACUUGAUGCUUUUUUUUUCGAUCGUACGGUAUUUUUUAUUUGAAAGGCAGGUCCUCAGACGUUUUUGACAGUAAAGUGACAGUUAAAGUUACACAAAUGACAGAAGACUUUUUACUUAAACCGUUAUUUUUUACAAUUGACAGCACAUAUUCCAAGGAAAUAAAUUAUAAAUAAUGUAGUUAAAGUUUAUUAUACUAUUUUUAAAGAAACGUCAUAGUAAGUCUAGAAGUAACAUUUCAGUUUGAUCUAUGUUUGUCGGUUUUUUAGUCUUUGUUAAAUGUUAAUCGAAUGGUAUUGAUUACGUUUAAGAAAAAACGAAA